AAAAAACAAAACAAACAAACAAAAAAAACCAGUCCCAACCCUCCCCACACACCAUGUUCCACGCCGAAAAGAAGAAUUCUCAGUAAUUUUGGGUUAUUUGAAGGCGCGCCGAUGAGUGAGGCUGGCGUUCCUUCUCUGAGGGGAAUAGAUUCUCCACAGGACAGCGGGGCCCACCCAGCUGGACGCUUUUAAUAACUGAACAUCCGGACCUCCUAUAAAGCUGCCUUUGAGGAAAGAAUGAUGGGACAAGAAUCAGCAUUCAGAGCCAGAAAUGGGCAACAAGCAAACCAUUUUCACUCCAGAGCAACUGGAUGCAUAUCAGGACUGCACAUUCUUUACAAGGAAAGAAAUUCUGAGACUGUUUUACAGAUACCGGGAUCUAGCCCCACAGCUAGUUCCACCCGACUACACAGAUAAACCCGACGUGACUCUUCCCUAUGAACUCAUUGGCAGCAUGCCAGAGCUGAAGGACAAUCCAUUCCGCCAGCGCAUAGCAGAGGUUUUCUCAGAAAAUGGAGACGGCAACAUGACUUUAGAUAAUUUUUUGGAUAUGUUUUCAGUUCUGAGUGAAAUGGCUCCCAGAGACUUGAAAGCUUAUUAUGCUUUUAAAAUUUAUGAUUUUAACAAUGAUGAUUACAUAUGCAAAUCAGAUCUAGAGAAAACAGUUAACAAGUUAACCCGAAAUGAACUUACCCCAGAAGAAGUUAGGCUUGCAUGUGAAAAGGUGAUUUAUGAAGCAGAUGUGGACAAUGAUGGCAAGCUGUCUUUGGAAGACUUUCAGCAUAUGAUAAUACGAGCUCCAGAUUUCCUCAGCACAUUUCACAUUCGAAUCUGAAACUAGUGAAACGUGCAGAGAGAAGUGCUUCUUGAACCUUUGACAACUAUUACUUCACCUGCGACUAC